AUGUGCCAUGUGCGACUGCAGCAGCUCGCUUCGUCGAAACUCUGCUUUCAAACUGGUAGCGGAGCGACUCCUGCAAACAACGGCAAUCGCUUUGCUGUCUCUGAGCUCCUAUCUUUGGUGCUUGGGAGCGCUGGCCUUGGAAAAGAAGGAGGCGCAGAUCGCAGAAGGAGAGAGAAAGAAGUUGGGCUGACGGAACGAUUGGUUGGACCUGCCUUGCAAGUGGCAAAGAAGGUUGGAGUGGAAAAACUAUCCCAACCAGAUGGUGUGAAGGUACUGCUGGAAGCUCUGGAGAAACAAUUGCUUCCACUCAGGAAGCAAGCGGCCUUGGAGUUGUGUCGAGCUGGAAUGCGCGAAGAGAUCUUAUCGAGGCAAACUGGUGAGCCGAUGAGUUCAUGCUGCCUACGUCGAGAAGCAUGGUGGAUGCAGCUUCGAGACAUGGACCCGAGCAUUCAGUGCAGCGAUGCAAUUCUGGGUGAGCAGUUGCUUCAACAUGCAGGACUGGGCCGAGGACGGUGUGUCAAAAUGACUUGA